GGCCUAGCACUUAUUCUUCCUUUCUUUUAUUCCAUUCUCAUCUACAGUCUAUAAUCGGAGAUUUAUAUUAUGUUGUUUGCAUUUUCUAGGAAGUUUUAUUCAGUGUAUGGGUCUGGUCAAAGAGCUUUUGAUCUAUUCAAUCCAAACUUCAAGUCUGCCUGUCAACGGUUUGUGGAGAAGUACACUGAGCUACAGAAACUUGGAGAAACAGAUGAAGAGAAGUUAUUUGUGGAAACAGGGAAGGCUUUAUUGGCAGAAGGUGUCAUUUUAAGACGAGUAGGCGAAGCAAGGACUCAACACGAAGGUAGUCACGUUUCCCGGAAAUCCGAACACUUGAGUGUCAGACCACAGACUGCGUUGGAAGAAAACGAGACUCAGAAAGAAGUUCCACAGGACCAGCAUUUGGAGGCACGUGCAGACCAGUUGAAAAGUCUCUCACCUCCCUGAAGGACCUGUAUACUGUGUAU